GGCUCGAGCUGCAUUAAAGCGGGUCUCUGCUGUGUGUAGUGUAAUCUCUGUAUGGUUGUCUUCUUUCUGUUUCCAGAUGGUGUUCCUGUUUUGGAUUUUAAGGCUCGCUUCCUCUUAAAUCUGAGUGAGACGUCUUCAGCCCAUAGAAACUGGGAUCCUGCCAUAUACAGUGAUGUUAAGAAAACAUUUGAGAACUGCACCAUUGCUGGUACUUGUGCUGAGUGUCUUCAGAGGACAUACCCUCACAUGUCGUAGAUCAGAGUAUCUGAUUGGGGAUAAAUGCUGUCCUACGUGUUCUGCUGGAAGUCGAGUUAGAAAUCAUUGCACAGAGUCCAGAAGUACUUCCUGUCUGGAUUGCGAUGAAGGAACAUUCAUGGAUCGUCCUACAGGGCUCACAGAAUGUUUUCCCUGUACAGGCUGUGAUGCAGGUUCUGGUUUAAAGAUAAAGACGGCAUGUACGACUACAUCAGAUACAGUCUGUGAACCACUGGAGGGAUUCUACUGUACGGACUCUUCAGAAAACGGCUGUGUGAAAGCAGAGAAACACAGCAGCUGUCAACCAGGACAAUAUAUUAGACAAAAAGGAACAGCUUUCAGGAACACUGAGUGCUCUGCCUGCAGCGGUGGAACAUUUUCUGAUGGGACAUUAUCUCCAUCGUGUCAGCCACACACACAAUGUGAGGCAUUGAAUCUUCAGCUGAUAAAACCAGGAAAUGCUUCAUCGGAUGCUGAAUGUGGAGAACCAGUUUCAGGGUUCCUUUUAGGAGCUGGGAUUGGCCUCGUUGUGGGGCUUCUGACCUGUUUAGUCAUCAGACUUCAAUAGAAGAAAGACACAGGUAUGAUUGUCAUUUAGACAAUGAAAACAUUUAUGUUAUUGAUACAUAAUAUAAUUGUCAGAUCGUUAUGUUGAUUGAGGUGUUUUUCAUUGGUAAUGUUUUAAUACAGGAAUAAGGAAUGCAGACAAUCUCAAACAGGUGUGUUCUUAACUGUUAUUACUCAGUCCAUGUUACUGUAGUACAGUAGGACGUAGAAAUGAUUUUAUACGUAGUAAUUAAAUGAUAUCACUCUUUCAUCAGU